CACAUAAAUACCACUAAACUUUCAAAUUUUCGACCAAAAUUCUCGGAACCAGUGCAACUACAACUCCUCCAUGGAAUCGCAACCUCCGGCCACCGGAACCACCGCUAGAACCACCACCGAACCCUCACAAUCUCAACCACAACACCAACCACCACCCUCUCUCCCUCCACCCACCUCCUCAACCCCUCCCAUCUCAGCACCAUCACAUCCUUCCCCAAUCCCUAACCCUAACCCUAACCUAAUCCAAACUCCAAAUCCUAAACCCCCAACUCCACUUCCUCCCCAAUCACGUCCUCCUCCGUCUUCAUUCAGCCGAAAUCCUCCUCCGACACAGUCACAUUACUCUCACUUCUCAUCAAUCCCACCUUCCGCUAAUCCUUCACAGGCUUCAUCUUUUCCGUCCAAUCCCGCUUCGUCGAUUUCCUCGGCUUCCGCGCCGAGAGGCGGUAUGGCAAUCGGUGUACCUGCCCACCACCAGAGCCCUUCGCCUCCGUUUUCUUCUUCUUUUAGUCAGCAUUUUGGUGGAAUGGGUCGUUCUGAUUCUACCACAAAUUCUAACACCUCUCAGGUGAGAGCGCCAAUGCAAGGAAUGGGGACUUUAGGAUCUUUCGGUUCAAAUUCACAAAUGCGGCCAGGUGGAAUGCCUCCGCAUCAACAGAGACCGGUUCAAUCGUCUCUCAGACCACCGCCACCGUCUGCUCAAAAUAAUCAACCUGCUGGUUCACAGAGUUUCCAAGGUCAUGGACUAAUGAGACCGUCAUCUGCGGGACCACCUUCCGCUCCAUCUUCAAGUGCAUCACAAGGUAUGCAGUCAAUUAAUCAGCCAUGGUUGUCGUCUGGGCCGCCAGGGAAGCCUCCUUUGCCAUCCCCAGCUUAUAGGCAGCAAAUAAACCCACAAUCCUUGCAGCAAAGGACACAUAUUUCCCAGCAGCAGCAAUCCAUGCCAACAGCUUCACAGCAGCAGCAACCUUUGCCUUCUAAUCAAACCCAGGAGCAUUUUGGGCAACAAGUUCCGUCUUCAAGGGCUCCUCAUGUGCCUCACCAGGCGCAGGUUACAAGGCUACAGGGGCCAGGAAAUCAGAAACCUUCAUCACUUGUGGCUGGACAGUCCGGUGCAGUUCAACCAGGGAGUCAAAGUAGAUUACCAAAUACUUUACCAAAUGCAGAUAUAGAAGAAUCGGGCAAGAGUGUUCUCAGCAAAAGAAGCAUCCAUGAGCUAGUCCAUCAGGUUGAUCCAUUGGAGAAGUUAGAUCCUGAAGUUGCAGACAUUCUUGGCGAUAUUGCAGAAAAUUUUCUGGAGUCUAUAAUUAGGUCAGGUUGCUCACUAGCCAAGCAUCGGAAGUCAACAACUUUGGAAGCCAAGGACGUACUUUUACAUCUUGAGAAAAAUUGGAAUAUUACGCUUCCUGGAUUUGGUGGUGAUGAGAUUAAAAACUACAGAAAACCGCUUUCAACUGAUAUUCACAAAGAGCGCCUAGCGGCUAUAAAGAAAUCAAUGAUAGCAACUGAGGCUGCACAUCCUAAGGGCUCUGCUGGUCAGGCUUCUGGCAGUGCAAAGGGUAGUCAGGCAAAGAUACCUUUCAAUGUCCUUGGCUCUCCCAACCUUAAAAAUCCAUAAGAUGUAUGGCUGUUUUUGCGCUUUUAUACAGCAAUGGAGGAAUUGCUUUGGCAAAGGCUGCUUCUGAGCGUUCCAUGUAGCAGAACAUGAGAAAUAGUCUAAAUUUUGAAGCACUGCAGAAGACAGACAGAUAAGGGCGAAACAACAUUCAAAUGAAGGGGACAAAGGAAAAGCUCUGGCCUCAAUGAUUUCAAUUCUUUGGGAUUCAUAAUUGUAUGAAAGUCAUUGAUCGAGCAAACUAAUUUAGAUGCAAACAGUCCUGAAAUAUACUCACAAAUACUUUUACUGUAAAUUAAGCAUUGAGUUUCAACAUCAUCAGCAGGCUCUUUGCAAUUUGUGGCCUUGUUUUUUUCGAAAGGAUCUUUCACUGUGUUUGUUUACACAUUGGGCGAGGUGUUGACAAACUUUGUAGGGUAUUUAUUUGUACAUAUCUCAUUAGAAUUUUUCAUGAAGGCAUUUUGAUGUGUUGAGUAUGUACCUUACAUCUUGAUAUAAUACAAAAUAUUUAGAAGAA